GCGCAUUUUAUGAAUUGAUAGGACACUGAAGUUUUGUUUCAGAUCGUGGUCGUCUUGUUUUCGAAAUAUUACUUUUUAUCUUGGUGAUUAUUGAAAGAAUCACGAACAAAAUAAAGGAGGGAAUUAUUGCAACGCUAAAAACGGUUGGAGAAUUUAGAUAUUUUUUGAUCGGAAAAGUGUCACUUUGAUCCACGAUAACUGUUCAGUUCCUGCUAUUCGGUUGUGUCAGUGCAGUUGAAGCCCAACUUUAUCUCGUCGGGACAUUCAUUCAUACGACCAUUCCAGCCAGUAGAUCAGGUUGUACUCUACGGCGCUUCAAUCCUGAAAAUGGCCAGCGAAGACAGUAAGACACUUGUAAAUAAAGAAUUUCUUACAGGCGUUGUUGAAGGGUUUUAUGGUCGACCUUGGACAUAUCCCCAACGGAAAGAACUGUUUCGGAGGAUGAAUCAAAUGGGGAUGAAUGCUUACCUAUAUGCUCCUAAGGAUGAUAUAAAACACAGACAGUCAUGGAGGGAUUUGUACACUCCAGAGGAAGAGCAGCAACUUCAGUUUUUGAUCACUGAGUCCACUGAAGCUGGAGUACUUUUUAUUUUUGCUAUAUCACCGGGCUUAGAUGUAACGUUCUCUAGUGCUAAAGAAGUAGAUAUUUUAAAGAAAAAAGUUGAUCAGGUUUCAAAACUUGGUUGUCGUGCAUUUGCCCUUCUUUUUGAUGAUAUUGAACCGCGCCUAUGUCCUGCAGAUCGAGAGGUAUUUAACUCAUCAGCCCGUGCUCAGGUUAUGUUCGCGAAUGAAAUUUACAAUCAUUUAGGAUGUCCAGAUGUCUUUUUAUUCUGUCCAACGGAGUACAGUGCAAGUUUAGCAGUACCUAAUAUUAAUAAGUCAGAAUAUCUAGCUACAGUCGCUUCCUGUUUAGCACCAGGUAUCGCUGUAAUCUGGACCGGUCCGCUUGUAGUAUCUAAACGAAUUUUAACUAAGGAGCUGAAGGAAUUAUCUACUUUACUACAACAUCCUAUCGUUUUAUGGGACAAUCUACAUGCUAAUGAUUAUGACCAGCGUCGCGUAUUUAUAGGACCGUACAGUGGUCGACCCUUAGCUUUACGUCGCCAAGGCUUGCUUAGAGGAGUGCUGACCAAUCCGAAUUGUGAAUUUGAAGCAAACUAUGUGGCGUUUCAUACUCUUGCACAAUGGUCGAGACAAGCUGGUAGCAAACAUAUAAUACAAUCAACUGAUACAGAAAUGCUAUGUACAAGUGAGGAUUUUGAAUCUAAUGCUUCUGAUGAUAACGAAGUGAUUGAUGAUGGUAUCGAUGAUCAAAAGUCAGGUGAUAUUAAUGAACACCCGUCUGUCUGUCAGGAUGACUGUGUAAGUAGAAAACGACAAUAUGCAUCUGUUUACAGACCUCGUGAGGCUCUCCGUAUAGCUUUGCGAGACUGGCUUGCAUUAAUGCUUCAGGUUGGUGCUUCAAAGCCUAGCACGGCUAUAGGUACUCCUACACCUAUGGAUACAGAUAAUCUUGAAACUGGUCAAAACGAAGCUCCUAUGCAGGUUGAAUCCACCCCUUCCAAUGUCGUCAUGACUUCUGAUAAUAAUUCUUCUGAAACCCCUAUUUCAGGUGAUGUAAAUUCAGUUACUGUUACCUUAGAGGAUUUGGAAAUGUUCGCUGAUCUUUUCUAUUUACCUUUCUCUCAUGGACCCUCAGCUAUUCGUCUACUAGAAUUAGGACAUUGGUUACGUGAAUAUUCGUAUGUAUGUGGACCUAACCCAUCUGAUCUUGAGAAAGCAACUGAAUGGAACAAAAAGUUAUCAGAUUAUAUAGAUAUGGUUUCCACAAUUGGUCGAAUACGAGAUCGUAUACAACGUUUACCAUCUAAAAGUAUCUCCUAUGAACUAGUACCAUAUAUAACCGAAGUUCAUAGUGUAGUUGGAAUUAUCCUGGAUUAUUUCCGAUGGUUAGAAACUGGAGUCAUGGCUUUUCGUAGCAUGUCUCAUUUAAAGCGGCUUUUAACAUGGUUUUCGCCUGGUUACCGUGAUAUGGUAACAUCUGGUGAUCAAGAACCAUGGACAUUUCGUGGUGGAUUGAUAACAGAACUUCAGAGAAUUUUACCUCUCGAAUCUGCUCAAGAUCUUUUCCCUGCACCAAGUCGUGCUGUCCCAGGCAUGACUACCAUUCCUUGUUUGAAUUGGCCUGAUAAUGCAUCAAGUGUAUACACACCACUUGCGCCUUCUGUUCCCCCAAUGAUUCCAAUUCAACCUUCAAUUUUCCCAAAUUUUUCAAGGUUUCCAUCAUAUAUAGUUCGACCAUAUAGACCUGAAGAUAAAUCAUGUAUGUAUGGCUUAUUCAGAAAACUACUUUUGACUCGUGUUGGUUUACCUGAAAACGCUCUUCCAUUAGAAUUCCAGGAUUUACCAGGUGACAAGUAUUUACUUCCAUUUCUACAACAUUCACCUGAAAAUUGUUUUAUGGUUAUGGGUCCACCCUUCCUGCAGACCUCAGUUGAUUGCUCUAGCUCAGUCACAAAUACUGAUCAUUCUACCACAGGUAAUUGUGUUGGCUUUGGUGUUUCAGCACCAGAUGCUGUAUGUUGGGCUCGUGAACGUACUACUCACUAUCGAGAGUCAAUGAAAUUGAAAUAUCCACGUGAUUUCCAAAUUGGAAUACACAAUUUAUCGCAUUGUAACAAAUUAGUCGUUGGAAAUGGUGAGACCAACAACUCUAACUUGAACGUUGUUACUGCGACUGAUACUGCUCGAUUGGAACCUCCUGUAAUUUCAUCUGCCCCACUUUCCCCUUUAACAGAUGAUCGUUCUUCAAGCAUUACUCCAAAUCAAAAUUCUGUGGCUGUCGAAGAAUUCAUCAAGUCUAUGAUUUCUUCUUUCCACAAUGAUACAUCUGAAGUUGUUGAUAUUGCUGCAGCUGUGAAUUUAAUCCCUCCUCCUGAACCACUUGGUGGAUGCCUUCCCAUGGAGCCACCACUAUCUGGUUGUUUGGAACAAUGUGAACCUAAUUGUACGACUGCUCCAAUCACUUCUAAUAUUCCUACUAAUUUGUCAUCUCAAUUAGAAUUAAAGUCUUCUUUUCCUAUUGAUGAAUGUGGUGCAACUAUCCCAGCUUUACCUUUGCCUACACCUAUUUUACCAGAUACCGCUCCUCCAUCUCCACCAUCUGGAACUACUUGUGCACCAUCAUUAGUGCCUGAGACAUGUUCAAGUAGUCCUGCAACAACAAAUUCAGUGAUAGCUCGGAAUCUUAUUGUUGCUGGUGGACCAGAAGCACUUCAUAGUGCUUUAACAGCUCAUCCCGCUAUUAUAUGGAUUGAAUUUGAUGAUAUAGGAUUAAAUAGUUGUGUUAAUGGUCCUACACCUGCUAUGCUUAUUAAUCAUAAUCUUGGAUUAUGUGCAGAUUCACCUGAAGUGUUGUUGGAUUCUGUAGCACGUCGAUUAUUUAUUUGUUUGUUAGCGGCAUUGAAGACAGUCGGCGCUCAUGGAGCACAUGUACAGUUGGAUACUAUCAAUGAACAUCGGGCAGAACUUUAUCGACGUUUUGGUUUUUAUCCUAUUCCAGCAGCUUCAAAUGAACAAACAACUGUUUUAGCUCGUUUAAUUUGAUGAAAAUCCUAUUCCUCUUCCCGUUAUACAAUCUAUGACAUAGUUUUCUUAUGUGAAGUGUUCAAUUAUCAAUGUUGAUCAUGAUGAUAUUGCUUAAAUUACGUUCCUGUUCUAAAUCCAUAUUAUUAAGUGUUAUCACUGUAGAUUAUCAAUUCACACACAUACAUAUAGUUGUUUGUUUGUAUGAAUAAUUCAAAGACUAUUCUGCACGUUAAUGAAUCUUGUUUUGACUCGUACGUGCAUUUCUGUUUGUAUGUAUGUUUGACAUAGAAAUAUCAGUUUAUUAUGUUUAUUUAGACAAGUGAAUCUAAUUUGUCCUCUUUCUCUAAUCCAUAAUCUAAUUUGUUUUUAAUAUCCUUUGGUUAAACAUUAAAAGCACAAAAGUUAAAAAACGCGUAUAGUUGGGCUCUUUUUCAGUGAACGUGCUUCUAUAUAUACAGAUAGCUCAGUUAAUUGAUAAAAUAACUUUUCUACCAUUUCUUCCAUUGUCCUGUAAUGUUGUUACAUCAUAACGUUUAUAAGUAUAUUUAUGCAAACAGUCAAGUUGAAAGUGAUCUCUUAUAAAUUGAAAUUACAAAUUUCUUUUGAUCUCUUUCAGCGUAGCUAUACAUACAUAAAUACAUGUAGUCUUUUAUUUUUAAUUGUUAUUUGUGCCGAUAUUAAUGUAGCUUCCUUUGCAGGAGGCUCAUUUUAAUAUAAAUUGGAUGAAAAUAUAAUUUGUUAACCUUUUUUCUUUUGCAACCUGUAUAGUUUAUACAUAAACUCUUGAGAUUAUAUAUGCAUCAGAACUGAUUGUUCAAAAAACUAGAAAUAAUACUUUUGUCGUAUACUUAAUAUAUUAAACGCCACUGUAUUACUGAUCAAUGAAAUGACUGAUGAAAUUAUUGAAAUCACCAGGAUCCUGUCAAAUUAAGUCGAAGGAUAUAUUUCAUAGCUUGAUGUUUAUCAAAAGUAUGGUUUUAACAUAAAACCAUUAUCUCUGGAUGCGUAACAUCAAUGUUUACAUAAAUUCCUGCUGGUGGAAAAGAUGAAUUAUAUAUCGAAGCGAAAAAUACAUAUACUAAUCUCACAUAAAUUUAAUCAGUUGGAUGUUAAUUACGUUAAAUGUCCAUUUUAUGUUUCACAACGAUUUUUAUGGAUAGCUGGGUCAUGUAGCGAUAAGUUCUCGUCUUUCAAAAAAUAACCUAUUUUAUCUGAAUAAAUACUGGGAAAUGUCACGCUAUGUGACACACUGAACACUACUAAUAUCCCGGAGACGGCCAGUUUAUUAUCGGUGGUAAAUAAAAAUUAACUUUUAAGUAUAUUAUACAAUUUCCAAACAAUUAAAUUUAUUUACGAGAAAAUAUAUUGUCUACCCUCACCAAAUUUUGAAAUAUGCUCGUAAGUAACUCGUUAGCCGGACAGAAUAUUAACUCACACAUUUCUAGAUAUAAAACAAACCUUGGUAAAUUUUGCAACCACAGAAUCCGUUGUAUAGUUCUUUUCUGAUUACAAUCUACAGUUAGAAAUAGAGGAAUUGUAGAUUUCCCUACUGAAAAAUAGGAAAUCGUCAAUAGUUUCACAAAAAUGCAUAUGUUUUGAUUUAGAUGUAUUUUUCUUGUUCUUCCGUUUAGAGUUGCAUUUGUUCUAUACAUUGUUGUUUUGUUUCUUUAUAUUUGCUAAUAUAUAGAACUUGUAACCUUGUGUGAUUUUUUAUUCUAAAAAGGAGUCGUGUAGUUUAUUCUUGUUGAUAUAAUUAGUAUUCAUACUUGAAGUAACUGUGCAAAAAUUCUUGAUUCAUACUAUGUCUUGUAAUUUGACUGAUAAACCAUUUCAUAAUCUCAAUGUCACUAGUAUAUAACUGCUAAUGUGAAUAAAAAAGCUGAAUUCGAAUAUUUUCAUGUUUAAUACAUUUCUUUGUUUUUUUCAGUGGUUUCUCUUUGAUACAAAAUGAAAAUAGAACCCUCUUCGUAUUAGGACAUAAACCUAAACUAAAAGAAACAUUACAUUAUGCCUAUUCUAUCACAACAUAUCUGUUAAUUAAUAA